AUGGACUUCUUUAAUGGUGAGAAGUCCCGAUUGAGUGUUUUCGAUCACCCGACAUUAAUUACUUGCAUGCUUCUUGUCCGGGGGGCUCAUCUCAGUAAAACCCAGAAUUCUUCCUUCUCUGUUCAUCUUUAGAAAUCGAUCGUCUCGAUUCGUUCGAAGUUUAUAGCGGGUUUCUCCGGUUGAUCCUCAUGCAGGAAGACUGAUCUCAAGCUGGCAGAGAGGACGAACACCGGAGCGACGAAGUUCCUGGUCAGGUUCCCAUCGGAGAGAAUACGCUCCACCUUCGCGUCCAUCGUGAAGCCUCACCAGCUGCUCUCUCCUCUCCACGAGAUAUCCCAGAGCGGCGCCGCCUGGACCUUGGGGAAGGGCAGCGGUUUGAGGAAGCUGGCACAGCGGUUCUCCGGAUGUCUGGGAAUCGGGAAGAAGAGGCCCAUCCAGAGCGGGGGAGCCGCCGGCGCCGCCGUGGACGUCGACGAGGCCGUCGUCAACACCAUUCUUGAUGCCGUGGAUUUCGCCGUGAGGAGCGGACGCUGGGCCGCCGUGGGGGCCGAGGGCCUUCGGAAGUCCCCGCCACUGCGCGGAGCCGCCGACCGACUGACGGAAUUCACCCUGGAGAGGAAUCUUUCCAUCAAUUCCGCCAUUGCCCACUGCAAGAUGUCUUACAGCGGGGUCUCGAGUAUGCGAUGA